GGAGCGGGGCGGGCGGGAGCGCAUGUGUGCGCGCACCUCCCGGAAGCGGCAAGCAACGGGCAGCGCCGAGGGCCAGAAAGCCGGCAGGCAGGGCGAGGGGGGUGCUGGGCAGCUGCCAUGGAGGACGACGCGCCGGUGAUUUACGGGCUGGAGUUCCAGGCACGAGCUUUAACGCCUCAGACAGCAGAAACGGAUGCAAUAAGAUUUUUGGUUGGAACGCAGUCUCUUAGAUAUGAUAAUCAGAUUCACAUCAUAGAUUUUGAUGAUGAAAAUAACAUUAUAAACAAAAAUGUUCUCCUUCAUCAAGUGGGUGAAAUUUGGCACAUUAGUACCAGUCCUGCAGAUAAAGGUGUACUAGCAACCUGCUACAAUAAAACUUCAGACACUAAAGUCAUGACAUGUGCUGCUGUUUGGAGGAUGCCGAAGGAAUUGGAAUCAGGCAGUCAUGAAUCCCCUGAUGAUUCAUCAAGCAACACUCAAACCCUGGAGCUACUCUGUCACCUUGACAACACAGCCCAUGGCAAUAUGGCCUGUGUUAUGUGGGAACCAAUGGGAGAUGGUAAAAAGAUUAUUUCACUGGCUGAUAAUAACAUAUUAUUGUGGGAUUUGCAGGAAAGUUCAGCCAAAGCUGUGCUCUCUAGUUCUGCAGCCUUGGAAGGGAAAGGGCAAUUAAAAUUUACUUCUGGAAGAUGGAGUCCACAUCACAACUGUACACAGAUUGCAACAGCCAAUGAUACCACUGUUCGAGGGUGGGAUACAAGAAGCAUGAGACAGAUAUAUUGCAUAGAAAAUGCACACGGACAGCUGGUACGAGACCUAGACUUUAAUCCCAAUAAACAAUACUACCUGGCUAGCUGUGGAGAUGACUGCAAGGUGAAAUUCUGGGACACAAGAAAUGUCACUGAACCAGUGAAGACACUAGAGGAGCAUUCCCACUGGGUCUGGAAUGUCAGAUAUAACCAUUCUCACGAUCAGCUGAUCCUUACCGGAAGCAGUGAUAGCAGAGUUAUCCUAUCUAAUAUGGUAUCAAUUUCCUCUGAACCAUUUGGGCAUAUGGUAGAUGAUGACGAACUAAGUGACCAAGAGGACCAGCAUCAAGAAGAGAAGAUUAAAGAACCCCUUCAGGACAGUGUAAUAGCUACCUAUGAAGAACAUGAAGAUAGUGUAUAUGCAGUUGAAUGGUCCUCAGCAGACCCAUGGCUAUUUGCCUCUUUAAGUUAUGAUGGGAGACUUGUUAUUAACAGGGUUCCCAGAGCUCUUAAAUAUCACAUACUGUUAUAAUUUGUUUGGAUUAUGGUGGAGUUGUUAUCUUGAUGUACACUAUUGGUAGGUAUUGUUUAAGGUUUUUUUAAGGAUCUAUUUUUAUUAAGUAUAAAUGUUAAAAUUUCGUUAAGAAUGUCUGAAGAAUGUAUGUACUAAUACAGACACUUUUAAUUUGCCUUUUGUAUUUGCCUUGGAAAACUAUGAUGCAUUUACUGGAGGCUGUGCUAGUUAGUUAUUUUUGUUGGGUUUUGGGUGUCUUUUGAGGAGUUGUCACUUUUUGAAUUAUAAAGUUUCUGGAGAUACUGGAUACUUCCCAUACUCUUGCUUUAUUACUUGGGCUUUAUGCAAAUUUAGUGGAUGAUAGAGGUGUUCUUCUGCUGACAUAAAACUGGGACAAUGUAUAGUGCAUGUAGCAGAAGUAAUCUACUUGUUUACAAGAAUUAUAUUUUAUCUUUCUGAUAUAAGCAGCCUUCUGCUCUUAGCUAGGGCUACAUUCUGCUUACUGUUCUGGUCAUUCUUCGGUGUUUAUAGAUAUAUCUGGGAAUGGUCUUAAAAAGCUUUCUUAAUUCAGUUUGAGAUUUUAAACACUUUCUCCCAUUUUGCUUUUCCUAAGAAGAAAGGUUAAUUGUGAGAGUGAAGCCUUCAAGUGAAGCCUUUUUCAUUUAAGCCUUAUGGCAGUAUCAAUAAAAUAUCAUCUUUUAAUUUGCAAACUAAAUGCAGUUUUGAAUGAUAUGUUGUUAAUAUUAGUCUUUAGCAAAAUGUCUUAUGUUCACAUAAUGUAUUAUCCCUUGUUUAUGUAACUUAGUUGUGCUGUAGAGUAUUUUGAGGGACUCUGGAGCUAUGCCACUCUUAACCUGAAAAAUCUUUCAUAUUUCUAAGUAGUCUUUCUUACCCUUUUGUCUCUGUGCCAUUGUGCAGUAUGCUGACAUGAUGUAGCGGGCUUUCAACUAAGCAGAAAAAAACCUUUGCUAUCUCCUACUCUCUGCAAUACCUGACCUAGGGAUUGGUGACUCUUUACAAAUGCUCAGAACAGGCAGAUGCUGCCCUGCAGGAGAAUGCACAGAAAACUUGAGAUGUAGAUGGAAGGCAUGGCAAAAUGUGCCUGUACGUAUGGACAGCCCCCUUUCCCUUGCAUAGCUGAUUGAUAAUGAAAGUUAUGCUGCUGUUCUUUUUGCUCCUAGACUAACAGCAGCAGUAAUUACUCCCUGAUGUCUUUUCAUCACUAUUGUUUCCCAUUAAACUGGGUAUGUGUGAUGGUAUUGGUUGUGUUAGUAUUGUGUACGACCACUCAAGAAAUGGCAAGAACAUAGGAUGGAAAGAUCAAUACCAGCCUCUUCUCAUGAUUCCUUUUGUUGCUAUGGCAACUGUUGGUGUUAGUGUUGAGGGACAGCCUGCUGCUCACCUCUGCUUGUCCUUACUCACUCUUGGAUCAAAACAUGUCCAAAUGUGAUUUGUUGUGUAUACACAGCUGCUUCUCUGAGAACAUGUUUUGAGACUGUGAGUGCCUGCUAUAGGCCAAAACAAACAGAAAAUAUGAAAGUUGAAUUCUAUUUCUGGAUUCCUUAAAGAACUUAUUUGCAAGAAUUCAUAGGAGUGAAGUAAUCUAAUUAAAUAACCUGUACUGUUAUAUUUGUAUUAUAAUUUUUGCCUGUCUGCUCGAGAGGGAAGGCUUCGUUGGAAAUUCUGAUGGUCUAGUUUUCUGCAAUAAGAUUUUAAGUGUGCUAUUUCAAAGUCUCAAUCUGUACCUAGGCAUGAGUUAUUCACCUAUAUACUGUAAGAACAAUUACAUUUCUGACUCAGUAGUGCUUCAUUUGUCUGAAUAUCUAAAUCCUUGGUGGAGCUGUUAUAUGCAGAGCUUUCAGUCUUCUGACACAAAACCUUGUUGGUUGGGGUUUUUCCCCAAAAAAAACCCCACAAAACGCUGCAGUAUAUCUUUAAUAUGCAGCAGAACUCUUUACAAUUUUCUUCACAUUAGCAAUAAGGCCUAAUGAAACUUCAUUGUCUGUUAAUGUAUAUGGCUUGCAGUGUGGAGGUGACAGGAAAUUGCUUAACAGCACAGGGAUUUGAUUUUUGACAUGUAAUAAAUGUGGGACAGAUUUCAGACUGACUUUGAUGUGGCUAUAUUUCUUUUAAUAUUGUAAACUUACACAAGCUGGAAAUCUCUAUAAGCAAAUAAUAUAAAAAUAUUUUCUUUUGUUUUAA